UGAAUCAUGCUUACACACUUCAGUGUAUUAAUGACCAUCAUUGCAGUGGGUGAUGCAUGUGUAAUGUCUUGUGAGUGUGCAGACACCACCACCAUCAAUUGUUUAAACAAGAAUCUGUUGGUGCUGCCUCUUCCUUUGCAAGGUACCAAGAACCUCUUUGUUAGUAACAACUACAUCAAGGAUCUCCCCAGUGAAGGUUUAGAAGAAUUACACAUCCUUGAUCUUACCGACAACAACCUUAGCGAAUGGCUUACUGGUACUACCAGACUACCCAAAAUGACAAGCCUUACUCAGCUGUUUCUAAGGGGAAAUAGACUUAGCACUUUUGCGCCUGGACUAUUUCAAGAACUGAAGAAUCUGACUUACUUGGAUCUCGGUGAAAACCAUGUUGAAAUUAUCCCAAAGGAGCUCCUCCAAGGUCUGAGCCACCUGCAAACUCUUAUUUUGAGGCUAAACCGGAUACAUACCCUCUCCUGUGGAGCUUUUAAAGAAUCACCUCAACUUAGGGAGAUCCACCUGAACAGUAAUAAUAUUGAGGUGCUAGAUAUGUGUGUGUUUGAAAACUGUGUCAACCUGAGCAGGCUGUUCCUGUCCAACAACCGUUUGAAAAGUAUAAAUCAAGAGACUUUCCGAGGAGCACUUGGCCUGAUUCACCUUGAUCUCAGUAACAACAUGCUUACCAAAGUUCCCACUGAUGCCCUUAAAUACACCACUAACCUCAACAGCCUCUACCUGCAGAAAAAUGCCAUCAUGUCAGUUCCUGGAAAUGCUUUCAAUGGACUAUCAGCAUUAAGAAACCUGGAUCUAAAUAACAACCGCAUUCAGAUUUUAGCCGCGACUUCUUUCAAUGGUCUUUACCAGCUUGGUGAACUAGAUUUGAGUUUUAAUCAGUUGCAAAACCUCUCCUCGCAGGUAUUUCAAGCUCUAGGCAAACUAGAAAACCUUAAUUUAUAUCAUAAUGCGUUGGCAUUUCUUCCAAAUGGGCUGUUUAAUAAUUUGAAAAAGUUACACGAACUACAGCUUGACAAAAAUAAUAUUCGGGUCAUUCCUCCAGAUCUAUUUCAGCCACUUUCAAAGCUCAGGUUUUUACAACUUGACUAUAAUCAUAUCUCAGAGCUCAAUUUAUCCUCAUUUGCAACAAUGAGAAAGCUUAAAUACCUUGAUCUAAGCAACAACCAUUUGAUAAAGGUUUCAAAAGGUAUUUUACACAAGGCACCCUUGAUGCUUGAUGUCCAACAGCAAUCCUUACAAGGAAGUUCUGCACUUAGUGAACUUAUCCUGAGCAAUAACAAAAUUCAGGCGAUAGACAAGCAGGUAUUUGAAAACUACACCAAUUUGAAUAAACUCUGCUUGUCCAACAACCGUUUGAAACAUUUAGAUGAAGGAACCUUCAGAGGUGCACUGGACCUGACUCACCUUGAUCUCAGUAAAAACAACCUUAUCUCUGUGCCCAUCGAUGCACUUAAGGAUACCCCAAAUCUCACAAAUCUUCACUUGCAGGACAAUAAGAUCAAAUUCAUCCCUGAAAAUGCCUUUUUAGAGCUAUCUGCAUUGAAGAAAUUGGACUUGAGCAAUAAUGACAUUUUACAUUUAAAUGAGAAGUCUCUGAUGUCUUUGUACAAUCUUGUGGAGUUAGAUCUGAGCUCCAACAAGCUACAAAAUCUGCCAAGAUUUCUUCAAGAUCUGGGGAAACUGAAGAUCCUAAAAUUGCACCAAAAUAGUCUUGAAUCGCUUCCCAAUGGUGUGUUCAACAACUUGACUGAAUUAACUGAACUACGACUUGAUAGCAAUAAUAUUUCUGACUUCUUACCGGAUCUAUUCCAUCCAUCAACUGAGCACAGAGAUGCACACAUCACCAAAUUUAACUCAUCCUCAUGCUCAGCACUGACAAACAACCUCCUGACAAAAAGUUCUACAGAUCUUUUCAACAUUACCCUGCCAUCCAAUAAGGAUGUUAAAUCGCUAGCCUUACUAACAGAUACUGAACUUAUUGAUCUUUUAUUCAGUAAUAAAUCUGAGAUAUUAGAUAUGAACUGCACCACUGCAAUCAGGCUUUUUCUCUUUGACAAUCACUUGAAAAGUGCAGAGAAAGGGACUUAUAAGCAAACACUGAAACUGACUGAUCUUGAUCUCAGUAAAAACAAGCUCACUACUAUCCCCAUUGGUGCCCUUAAGUACACUACCAAUCUCACCAGUCUCAACCUGCAUAAAAAUGCUAUCUCCUUUGUUCCUGGAAAUGCCUUUUCUGGACUAUCGGAAUUAAGAACAUUAGAUUUAAGCAAAAACCAACUGGGUAUUUUGAAAGAGGACUCUCUGAUAGGUCUUUUCCAGCUCAUUGAACUACACUUAAGCUUCAACCAACUGAAGGAUCUCCCUUCAAAUCUCUUCCGAGAUCUGGGCAAGCUUGAGGUGCUUCAUUUAUACCACAAUGCUCUGGCAUCACUUCCAAGUAACUUGUUCAACAAUCUGACCAAAUUAAGAAAAUUAGUGCUUGAAAGAAAUAAUAUUUCUGUCUUGGUACCAGAUCUAUUCCGCCCAAUGACCGAGCUCCGAGAAUUACAUUUGGAUAACAACCGCAUCUUUGAGGUCAACUCAUCUUUAUUUAGACCACUGACAAAGCUGCAGCAUAUCUAUAUGAACAACAAUGAAAUUAUGAAAAUUCCCAAACACUUUCUACACAAAGCACAAAAUCUGAAAGAGCUACAUCUGAUGAACAAUGAUAUACAUUUCGUUUCAUCAUUUGCUUUCAAAGGUCUUAACAGACUCCGUUCUCUAAGACUCAGCAGCAACAGUAUUUCCCGUCUCCCUCCUGGGAUGCUGACUGGCCUAGAUGAACUACGGGAACUCUGGCUUAACGAGAACCUGAUAGAGAGGCUCCCAACUGGGCUUUUUACAGGACUUCAAAACUUGAAAAUACUCGACUUGGCCAAUAAUGUGUUGAUUUCGCUAUCCACCGAUGAUUUUAAAGACUUAACAGCAUUAAAAGAAUUACACCUGAGUUUCAAUAAACUCAAUAAACUUCCAGGGGACAUUUUCAGGACAUUGGGCCGGUUACAGAAGCUCUUCCUGCAAAAUAACUUCCUGUCCCACUUACCCCCAACAGUGUUCUCUCCUUUGACCUUUUUGCAAGAGCUUGAUUUGGAUAACAACAAACUCCAGUAUUUUCCUGCUGCACAAUUUCAAGACCUGAAGAACUUGAGACAACUACAUCUCGAAUCGAACCUAAUACAGUCACUGGAUAAGGGGACCCUGGAGGCUCUUACUGAGCUGAAAUCCAUAUAUCUCAGUGCUAACCCAUGGGACUGCUCUUGUGUAUCUAAUACGUAUGUCAGUGCAUGGAUCGCUAUGAACAGGCAGUUAGUAAAGGGUAAUCCCACCUGUGCCAAAAACCAUUCUCUUCCUGUCUCUCAUUUACAGCAUUGUGUCAGUGUAGCACAUUUCUCUGCAGGUAAACCACACGUGCAGAUGAUGACUAUUCUGACAGUUUUCAUUGUGUAUGCUUAAACUCUGCAAGAUCACUGUUAGUUGA